UUUUUUUUGGCCCAGCAGCCGCCGGCCGGCAUGGUGAUCGAGGUGGUGGUGCCGCUGGACAGCUCCGGCUUGGCCCGGUUGCUGCGGGACCCUCAGGAAAGUUGCCGGACGUUGGUGCUGGACUGCCGGCCAUUCCUGGCAUACUGUCAGGCGCACCUGCUGGACGCCCGGCCGGUGCAUUGGAACGGGCUGCUUCGGCGGCGGUCGCGGGGCCGGAGCGGCGUCAGCUUGGAGUGGCUGGUGCCGGACCGGGCGCUCCUGGCUCGGCUCCGCAAGGGCGAAGUGGCGCACCUGGUGGUGCUGGACGAAGCCGGCGGGUCCGUCUCGGCUCUGAGGCCCGACAGCCUGGCCCGGCUGCUACUCAACGCGCUGCUGCGGGAGGAGAGGGCCGCCGCCUCGCACAUUUACCUGCUGCAAGCCAAAGUGGAAGAGCCUCAGGGCCAGAUUUUCAUUCUGACUUUCGGGGAGAUUCCAGCUGGAUCUUCUGGUAGGAAUUAA